UGAGGAAAGGUGCCACUCAAGGGCAUUACUGCCUCCCUUCUCCAUGUGACAGACAAAACAACAGAUGUGUACAAGUCAGCUUUACUCAACACUUUGAACACAAACACACAGCAAAAUCAGACACAUUACAUUUUCUUUGAACAUGCAUAUAUAUAUAUAUAUAUAUACACACACACACAUACAUACAUACACACGCAUACAUACACACACCUAAAUAUAAGUGGUAUAAUAACUCCUUCUUGCUACCCAAACAUCCACUGAAGAGCCCACUGAAGCUGGACCCUUUCCAUGUACAGUCACAAAAUGGACACAUGACAUCAUGACUAUGAGCUAAGACCUCCAGCCACAAAGCGACAGGCCUGUCUGUUUGGUUUUUUGAGGACUACCUAGUAACCGCUUGGUGAAUUUUGCCUUCAGAGAUCAAUAGCACCUGUCUGCUGAGGUUGAUGAUGUGGAGCUGACCACCCUCAGGAAUAAGCUGCAUUGGUCCAGCCAGGUGACAACUACAUUAGGUGUUAAUGAUUAGGUAACACUGACACAAUGGCCUUGGCUAUGUAGGAUAGCCAUCCCUUCUUCUUUCACUCGUUCUCUUGCCUCCUGCCUCACCUCUCCCUCCUUCCCUUACUCUUAGUCAUCUCAAGAUGCAUCAAUAUUUCUAUCAUUUUUCGAGGUCAUGCCCAAUGGAGCGGAGAAUGGCAACAUCUAGAGAAACAGAUCGAAGGGUGCCAAGCCAAGCCACAGCCUUUUGCCUUUCCAACAACCCCCACCCCCAAACCAACCUGCCCCCUCUUUGAAAUGCCAUGCCUCAUAGUGGGGGCAAAGCCCUCCCUGCACCCCAGGCCCAUAAAAAUGUGUGUGUGUGUGUGGGGGGGGGGGGGGGGGGGGGGAGUAGUGUAAUUGGUAUAAAUGGAGGUGCAAAAACGAAAGGAGAUUCAGAGAACAAGCGAUAGAAGAAGAGAAAAGAAAUGGCAGGACAGUGGAUGAAGAUGUUCUUGGUUGGCAUUUCGAUGUGGGCAACUUGUUUCGCAGCUCCAAUGGAAUGCCACUUCAAUUCUCAAGCUCUGUGUGAGUACAAGGGGAGACGCUAUUCUCUGGGAGACAGCUGGAUGGAGCAGGGCUGUGUGCAGUGCACCUGUCUACACCCAGUCGGAGUGGGAUGCUGUGAAACUGUGCAUUGGCCAGUGGACUUCCCCCCUUGGUGUGAGGUGCGUGUCGAAUCUCCAAUGUGCAAGGUGACCCUGGUGUUGGCCUCUGACCCACGCCUGCCCUGCAUACCGGGAGAGGGUAACAGCGUGGACCCCAGCCACGGAAGUAUGAACAUGAAACUAGCAGGUUAAGGAGGCAACUUGGAGCUUUGCAUCUGUCAUGCCUGUUUGUCUGAUAUCUUGCUUCACUUGUAGCCUUUAUAAUCACAAAAUAACAAUUUUUGCUGCUUUUUUAAAGUUAGAUUCACAAAGUUAAUAACAAAAGCUCAGUACCAAUGACCUGGAAAUACUACUUAAAGAAGAUUUUAAGUGCUGUUUUGUAAUCCACCUAAUGCACCACUGUAAAUAAUCGGCGCCUUCUGCUAGCACAUGUAUUCAUUUUAUUUCUUGUAUACCUAGCCACAUUUAUCUGAAUAAAAUAUGGAAAAAUAUGUAACAUUUUUCUUAAUAUUGUCAU